AUGGACGCUUUCGAUCACCCCUACUAUAGGCUCAAUAAGAGACUAUUAUUACUUGUAGGACAAUGGCCUUAUCAGGAUUCCAGUGAACAUCAUUUUCGUGUUUUCAUAGUGACCCUCGGAUUACUUAAUUUCAUAUUCCCACAGAUAAAAGAACUUCUGGAACAUUUAAUAGAUAAUUGGAAAUUAUGUAGAACUAGAGAAGAAUUGGAAAUUAUGCAUAAAUUUGGUAGAGAAACUAAAUUACUUACUUUUUGGUAUACAACAUACAUAUAUACAUGUAUGACAAUGUUUCUCGUAUUACCAUUUUUACCAUGUAUCAUGGAUAUCGUAGUACCAUUGAACGAAUCUCGUUCUUUAAAACCAAUAUUCAAAGGUGAAUACUUUAUCAACGAGGAUGAAAAUUUCUUUCCAAUUUAUUUCCACAUGAGUGUAACUAUAGUGAUUGCUAUAACAACGUUAAUUACAGCAGAUAAUCUAUUUCUUAUGUGUAAUUCACACAUUUGUGGUAUAUUCGCAGCAGUUGGGUAAGAAAAACAUAAUCCGUGAUCGUUCUAAUAUUUUAUGAGUCUCAAUGAUGUGUGAUUAAUUAAUUUAAUUAGGUAUAAUUACAGAUUUCGUUUGGAAAAUUUUUUAAAGGAUCAAACCGAUUCCAUAUCUUCCUUAGAUCAUUUAUCAAAUAAUAAGUGUUUGGAAACUAUUCGGUAUUCUAUAAGAAAUCAUGCAAAUGCUUUAAAGUUAGUAUACCAUAUAUUACACACACACAUAUAUAUAUAUAUAUAUGUGUGUGUGUAUAUAUAUAUACGCGCAUGUAAUAAUUAAUUAUUAUAUUUAAUAUAUUAUAUAUUGUGUUUAUUGAGAAGGUUUGCUGAACUCAUUGAGUCUUGCUUCUCAAUAUCAUUACUUCUGCAAGCUGGCUUAAGUUUGAUUUGUAUGAGCAUCUCUUUAUAUCAAGUAAUUGUUAUAAAUAUUAUUUCUUUUCUUCUUUUUCUUAUUAUUAGGAAUCGCUUCUAAUAUCUCUGUAUUCUUGCAUAGAUACUAAUAGUCUUCAAAAGAUCAGCAGAAUCGGUGAGGUUUGCCAUUUUUGCCUUUGCUCAAUUGAUUCAUCUUUUCUGUAUGUGUUA